AUGAAGUGGUCAAUUCUAGUCUCUUUCCUUCCCAUCGUGUGGGCUGGUCGGUCAAAGCCUCUGGUGUCCCCGGAUGAUUUCCCGUCUCUGAUCCGACUGGAAGACCUCCUCAAAGGGUCCCGGACUCUGGAGAAAUUUGCGUACUCGUACCCGGAGCGCAACCGUGUUUUUGGGGGUGCCGCCCACAAUGAUACCGUAGACUUCAUCUAUCGUGAGCUGAAGAAGACGGGCUAUUACGAUGUGUGGAAGCAGCCGCAAGUUCACACUUGGACCCGCGCCGAGUCAUCUCUGAUUCUCGACGGCGAAGCAAUCGAGGUGACGACCAUGACCUACAGCCCCAGUGUCAAUGUGACCGCGGAGCUGGUGGUAGUGUCGAACGUUGGAUGCAGUGCACCCGACUAUCCGGACGAAGUAGCCGGCAAGAUCGCUCUCGUCAAACGAGGAGAAUGCAGCUUUGCAGAGAAGUCGGUGUUGGCGUCCGCCGCCAACGCAGCGGCCGUGAUCGUGUAUAACAACGCCGCCGGCUCGCUCAGUGGGACGCUGGGCGGAGCCUCGAGCGACCUGGGCUCUUAUGCGGCCAUCGCGGGGAUAUCUCAGGCUGAUGGCGAGAACCUGGUCACCGCGGCAGCCGGAGGAACGGUCACUUUGUCUCUCGAUAUCGAUAGCAAGGUGGAAAAUCGCACAACAUUCAAUGUCAUUGCCGAAACGAAAGGCGGAGAUCAUCACAACGUGGUCUCCUUAGGAGGCCAUACUGACUCGGUCGAAGCCGGCCCCGGAAUCAACGAUGAUGGCUCGGGCAUCAUCAGCAACCUGGUGGUCGCCAAAGCCCUGACACGCUUCUCGGUCAAGAAUGCCGUCAGGUUCUUCUUCUGGACCGCCGAGGAGUUCGGCUUGCUGGGAAGCGAAUACUACACCUCGCAUCUCACCCCCAACGAACUGUCGAAGAUCAAGCUGUAUCUCAACUUCGAUAUGAUUGCCUCGCCAAAUUAUGCCCUGAUGAUCUAUGAUGGCAAUGGAGACGCAUUCAACCAGACCGGACCCCCGGGUUCUGCCCAGAUCGAAGCGCUUUUCGAGAACUACUUCACGGCCCACCACCUCCCCUAUAUCGCCACGGCUUUUGACGGCCGAUCCGACUACGACGGCUUCAUCUCGCGAGGCAUUCCUGCGGGAGGGAUCUUUACCGGUGCCGAGGGCGUCAAAACGGAAACAGAGGCCAAGCUCUUUGGGGGGCAGGCGAAUAUCUCCUAUGAUGAAAACUACCAUGCGGCCGGGGAUAACUUCACCAACCUCAACCACGAGGCAUUUCUCAUCAAUUCGAAAGCGACGGCGUUUGCGGUCGCCACCUACGCCAACAGCCUUGAUUCGAUUCCUCCGCGCAACCAGACUAUCACAAAGAGAGCGUACAAAAAGCGAUCCCCUCGAUCGCACGCACAUGUCAAGAAUACCGGCUGUUUCCAUUCGCAGGUGGAGAUCUAG